CUCCCCCGAUGGGCGGAUGGAUGUAGAAACUGAAGCAGCAAAAGAAGCAGAAGUCUAUUUGCUAGGGCACGGGUGAACACGUGGUGUGCUGACGUGGCAUUUGAGUUUCCUCCGUUAUUCGAAAUUGUUGCAAUCAAAGCCGCCAAAUCUCUUACUCUCUCUCACGUAUUCAGGUUUCACAGAAGAAAGGAGGGAACAGGCUUUUCCGGUGCACCCGCGGUGAGACUAUCAACACAAACCCUAGGGUUUUGCAAAUCUCUUGAAUGAGGUUUGUUUUUUUUAGUUUUUUUUUUCUUUUCUUUAUUUAUUUAUCGUUAAUGCGAUGAUUGAUUUGGUUUGGUUUGGUUUUGAGUUUCCGAUUGAUCCGCGCUUUCGUUUUCGUUCCCGUUUUCCGUUUGUCUGACGAGAAAACCGAGGGGAGGAUAAGAGGAUAGCGUUGUUUGACUCCUUUGUCUUUAUUUAUUUAUUUUUUAUGAGGAAAUGGAUGAAUCGAGAUUGGAGGAAUGUCCGUAUCAAAACAAUCUUGGCUUAAUAUACAGUUUACUGUGACCACAUUGAAUGUUAAACUCAACAUGCCAUAGUUUCCUCUAUUUAGGCAGGGUCAUGCUCCAUUUGGCCCUAGAAAAGGAUUGGGGGGGCAGAAUAGUGAACUCCAAAAUAGCUUACUAAAGGAAGUUAUUCAGGUCAUACUUGGAUGCUUCAGAGUUCUUCCCUCCAGCAAUUCUCUAGCUCUUAAAAUGAAACCAAGAACAAAUGGGGUACCUAGAGCUCAAAAAUCCAGAAAUUUUCAGGGUGAAGGACCAAAUUGGGUCCUUCUUGCAGGGGGUGCUUUGUUAAGUACGCUAUCCAUUCGUCUUGGCUACAAGCUGAAGCAGGCUCUGGACACAAAGCAACAGGAGAAUGCAAGUAGUGGGAAAUCUGCUGACAGAAAUAAGUCGGGAGCUUGUCGUUUGCAUUCAAAUGCAUAUUCUUUUACCCGAGAGGAUAAUAGUUGCUUCCAUUGUGUUUCAGGAUCUGAAGGCAUCUUGGAUGUUAAUCACCACCAGCCCAAUGGCCAAAUACUGACAGAGUCUGAUGUAGCUCUCCCUUUGGUGAUGGUGCCUGCCCCUGAAUAUACCAAAGAGAACGGUGUUGUCUGGGCAUCCUCCCCUGAGCGCCUUGAGCUGCCUCCAAAGCCAUUCCACCACUCAAACUGCUCAGACUCGCCAUGUGUCUCAGAAUCUGGCUCUGACAUCUUCAGUAAGCGGGAAGUGAUACAAAAGCUGAGGCAGCAAUUGAAGAAAAGAGACGACAUGAUACUGGAGAUGCAGGAUCAAAUCAUGGAAUUGCAGAACUCAUUGAGCUCUCAGCUGUCCCAUUCCUCACAUCUGCAGGUGCAGCUUGAUGCUGCAAACAGGGAUCUGUUUGAUUCUGAGAGAGAAAUCCAGAGGCUCAGAAAGGCAAUUGCAGAUCACUGUGUUGGCCAUGUGGGCUUCAAUGAAAACCCCUCACCAGCCAUGACCUGCCCAUCUGAACCAAGAAACGGCCAUGCAAAUGGGUAUCUCAACGGAGACACCAACCUGGAGUCACCAGAAAAAGGAAGAGGAGACAGUGAGAGGAUUGAGAUGCUGAGAAGGGAAGUCGGAGAGUUGAGGGAAGUGAUAGAAGGAAAGGAGUACCUGCUGCAGAGCUACAAGGAGCAGAAGGUGGAGCUCUCCAUGAAGAUCAAAGAGUUGCAGCAGAGACUAGACUCUCAGCUACCAAAUAUUUUGUAGACAACAGCCUAAGUUGUGUAUUCUUGUUUGUUUCUCUUUCCCCCCUUUUUUUUUUCUCUUUCUGAUUCCAAUAGUUGUCUCUGGUCUUUGUCUCUCGAGUCGUAGUUAGUAGGAAUGCAUUGUGAUGCAGUGAGCUUGUUCAUGUGUGCAUUUGUGACAGAAAAAGAGAGGUUUUAAUAGGUUGAAUGCAGCUUAGGGUUAGGGCAUGGGGCUGUUGUUAUGGUAUGCUGUAAUGAACUAUCUGUUGAUUUGAGCAAUAUUUGCAAAUCUAUAUAAAAAAUUGAUGACAAGUUUUCCCUAGAA